AUGGGCCUCUUCAAGCGUAAAGAUUCGCGACACUCUGUGCAGAGCGAUAAGGAUGGCGAUGAGUCCGUCGUCUCGGUCAAUAGCGCUCGCACCUCCAAAACCUCCCUCAAGUCACCCGGUUACAAAGGUGGCAACCAUCCCGCCUCGAUCCCCGAAAUGCCUAUCGCCAGUCCCCCCGAUCCAGCUUUAGACCCCGCGGCGUACCUCCGAAGCAUCCAUGCAGUUCGCCAGCGAGCCAAUUUGGUUAUGACCAGGGCCAAGGGUAAUCGUCUGCAGCAUUUCGACGUGGACAUGUCCAAGUUCAAGGCAACAGCCUCGUAUAUUGUAUCUAUCAUUAAGCGAGACUAUGCACCAGACUAUCAAGACAUUCCCCCCCACGGCCGCUGGCAGCACUUCGACGUGGGGGGCGGCCCUCGAAUCAACCAGCUCUUGCAAUCCUGGCCAACCUCCAUCGACGCGCAGGAGCGCACUCGCCGCCUAAUCGAUCUUUUUGUGGUUUCCGUGCUAUUGGACGCUGGUUCCGGCAAUAAAUGGUCUUAUCGCUCCAAGGAGUCCGGCAAGGUCUACUCGCGCAGUGAGGGCCUCGCCGUGGCCAGUCUGGAGAUGUUCAAGUCCGGUUUGUUUAGCAGCGACCCUACCGAGCCCUGUCAAGUGGAUGGCGCAGCCUUGAAGAAUAUCACAGUGGAGAAACUGGCCAGAGGCAUGCAACAUUCGGAGCAGAACCAAUUGGCCGGGAUCGAAGGUCGCGCGGGACUGCUGGUGCGCCUUUCGGAAGCUCUGAAUAACCAGGAACUGUUCGGUGUCGAUGCUCGUCCUGGAAAUAUGCUCGACUACCUUCUAGGCCACCCUUCUACACUAGCUUCUUCCGUCCCUAUAGUUCCGGUCACAACGCUCUGGUCGGUCUUAAUGGACGGGCUCGCCUCCAUCUGGCCUCCCUCGCGAACUCAAAUCGACAACGUCGCCAUCGGAGACGCAUGGGUGUGCUCCGUUCUACCGCCGUCUCCACCGGCCGCGCCCUGGGAGUCCAUCAUGCCUUUCCACAAGUUGACCCAAUGGCUGUGCUACUCAUUGAUGUACCGCAACGGCGGCCUCUUAAUCGAUAUGGGGCUCUUGACUCUGAAGCCGCAUGACCUCGAGCGUGGUAUCAAUGCCUACCGAGAGAAUGCGCAGAUCAAAGGGCAGCCGAAUGUGGAAGUCGUGCCGCUUUUCUCAACGGAUGACGACGUGAUCGUGGAGUGGCGGGCUGUUACUGUCGGCUUCUUGGACGAGCUUCUGGAUGAGGUGAAUAACCAGCUGGGCCUAUCGGGAACCGAGGAACCAUUAUCACUUGCCCAGAUGCUGGAAGCUGGUACUUGGAAGGGUGGCCGAGAAAUCGCCGAGGUCUCAAGGCCCAACACCAAAGAACCGCCAAUUAUGAUCCGCUCCGAUGGCACAGUCUUCUAG